AUGUCCUCGAAUUCAAGGCUUUUCUAUUUUCGUAACAUUUGGUGCUCUCGUUACGCUCUUGUCACGCUCUCUUCCAUGGCUCACAACACCCGUCUUAAAACCCUUUCAAAUAAGCUCAAUGAAAUGCUCUCACAAAUGUCACUAUUUUCCACCCAAAUGACCGAUAUGCACACUCGUCUUUCUCACCUGGAAUUCCCUUCAUCCCCUCCCCCAUUCCAGUCCAUUGACCACACACCUUCACAACGUCAUUUCUUGAAGCUGGAUGUACCCCGCUUUGACGGUAUAGAUCCCGUUGGAUGGAUUUUUAAGAUCAACCAAUUCUUUGACUACCAUAACACACCGGAGGAGGAACGUAUCAUUGUUGCAUCCUUCUAUCUUGAUGGAGCGGCUUUGGCAUGGUUUCAAUGGAUGUACCGUAACGGCCAAAUUCUUUCAUGGACUCAUUUGUUGCAAGCUCUUGAGACCAGAUUUGCUCCCACAGCUUUUGAAGAUCCAAGGGGUAAGCUCUUUAAGCUUUCUCAAACAUCUUCCGUUUCGGCUUACCUCAAUGAAUUUGAAGCCACUGCAAAUCGCGUGACUGGGNUGUCACCGCCCUUCCUGUUAAGUUGUUUCCUCUCUGGCCUCAAGUCGGAAAUNCGCCGUGAGGUGGUGGCUCAACAACCACAGACGUUGUCGUUAGCGGUGGGUUUGGCCAGGUUGCAAGAAGAGAAACUUUGGGAUCUUUCUAGGGUUCAACGCGUUAAACCNCUUUCAUCUUGGCCCACUUCAUCUCUUACGCGGACUGUUCCCACCCCUAUUCAACAACCACCACCGAAACCUCUUCCUCCCAUUUUGCCCUCCCCAUCUCCAAAAACUCGAUAUCGCCAGUUGACGGAGGCCGAAAUGGCGGACCGCCAUGAGAAGGGGCUUUGCUUUAAUUGUGAUCAGAAAUACUCACGCUCUCAUCGGUGCCCAGCUCGAUUCCUUCUUCUAAUCGCUGAAGAGGACGACUCCACCGGUGGGUUAGCCUCAAACCCAACAAGUUUUGAUCCUGACCCGAGAACGGAUGAGCAACCACCACAGCCCAUAGACUUAUUAUUGGAUUUACCGGCCCAAAUCAGUUUACAUGCCUUGUCUGGCAUCGGGGGCCCCGAAACUCUGCGUCUCACGGGUCAUAUUGGACAACAUCCAAUUCGUGUGUUGGUGGAUGGGGGUAGCACCCAUAACUUCAUUCAAAAGGAUGUGGCCAUUCAUUUGGGCAUGACCCAAACACCCACCACACUUCUCAAAGUAUUGGUUGGGAGCGGUGAAGAAUUGGCUUGCACUACGUUGUGUUCUAUAGUGGAAUUGUUCAUUCAGGGACAUUCUUUUCACAUAGAUUUGUAUGUAUUAGAUAUGGGGGGAUCUGAUGUAGUCCUUGGCGCCCAAUGGUUAAAGCAAUUAGGGCCCAUAUUAAUGGAUUACCAAGCAUUGACUAUGAAAUUAGUUUUUAAUCACUCUACCAUCGAACUCAGAGGUGACUCUGGGCCACAGCCCACCUCCAUUUCCUUGCAUCAACUCAGACGUGUUGCUCGUUCCGACCCUACGGCCCAACUUUUCUCUUUAGCAGUUCGACCAGCUUCUACACACUGCUUUCUUCCUGCACACUCUGACCCCCGGGUGCAGCAAUUACUCACUUCAUUUUCCUCUUUAUUUUCUGAGCCAAAGUCUCUGCCACGAUCACGUGAAACUGAUCACGUCAUUCCUCUCUUCCCUAAUUCUCAUCCUGUCAAUGUCAGGCCUUACAAGUAUCCUCACUCACAAAAAUUGGAAAUAGAGAAACAGGUCUCCAAAAUGCUUGCCUCAGGGUGGAUACAGCCAAGUUCAAGUUCGUUCUCUUCCCCGGUUCUCCUCUUGAAAAAGAAGGACGGCUCAUGGCGGAUGUGUGUGGAUCAUCGCGCCUUGAAUGCCAUCACCGUCAAGGACCGGUUUCCACUUCCCACUGUCGAGGAGCUGUUAGAUGAACUGGGAUCUGCACGCUGUUUUUCCAAAUUAGAUCUUACCUCCGGGUUUCAUCAGAUUCGCCUCCAUCCCACUGAUGUCCACAAAACAGCCUUCCGUACACACGAUGGUCAUUAUGAGUACUGUGUAAUGCCCUUCGGUUUGUGCAGCGCGCCAGCCACCUUCCAAUCUACUAUGAACGACAUCUUCAGGCCCCUGUUACAUAAGACGGUUAUUGUAUUUUUUGAUGAUAUCUUGGUCUUUAGUACUGAUUUUGCCCAGCAUUUGUCACAUCUUCAGCAGGUAUUUGAGAUACUUAAACGCAAUCAGUUCUAUUUACAACCUCGGAAGUGUUCCUUUUCCCAGUCCCAGAUCGCAUACUUGGAGCACAUUGUAGCUGACGGGGGUGUGUCUCCAGAUCCAGCAAAAAUACAAGCUAUGGUUCAGUGGCCAACUCCCUCUUGCGCUAAGGGACUGCACGGAUUUUUGGGAUUAACAGGGUUUUAUCGCAAGUUCGUACGGGGUUAUGCAGCAAUUGCACAACCCUUGAUAGACCUUCUCAAAAAAGGAAAUUUCACAUGGUCUUCCACAGCUUAA